GCAGCGAUCAGAACAUUGCCUUCCCUUAGCCUGUAACGACCUCAGUUUGCUCGAAUAGCACCUUCCAUUGUCCUCCAUAGCCAAUAUGUGGGGCUACAAUAUCACUCUUCCGUUUGUGGGAGACAUUGGCCUUCCUUAUAUCGAAACCCGGCCAGCUUAUUACAAGGUACUCUUGUUAAUUCUCGGCAAACUACCUUCCUUCCCGGAAGAGGUGCGCAUCGAUACGAAUCAUUUCUGGUACAACUGGACUCUCAUUUGUCUGUUUGUCUGCGCUCGGAACGGCCGCUGGUUGCCAAGGCAGAGCAACUCACACUCGCGAGUACCUGAAAUCUUGUUCCUUGCCAAGCUGGCGACGUACACGAUGUACUACGUUUCCGAACUUUCAUUGACCAACAUGUGGCACGGGAAUUUUCACAUGGCAAUUCACCAUGUGAUGGCCCUGUUACUGUUUGCAACUUUCCUCGGCGACGGUCGACAGAUCUGCGUAACGGCCAUGGUUCCCUUUCUGAUCCAUGAAGAACUCUCCCGCUCUGAGGAAAGACGAUUGGACCUGCUGGUUUGGUAUAAUGUCUCCAUGUACACUGUGGGGCUCGUGGGGCAUGUCAUCAAUAGACGGGGAAUGUUCUCGUGCACGGCGCUACCUAGUCUGUGUGUGAUGAUUGCUUUAUGGAACGUGUUCGCGAGCUGCAGAAAGGGAGAGCGGGGGCUGGAUGUCUUUUGUACUUCAGGAUGGGGAACGAUGGUUGAUGGACCGUUUGCCACGGCCGCCAGUUGGGGUUUAUUGUGGUGGGUUUUGCGUGAGUGGUUGUCCAGGAAAGUAGCAGGUCUGGGAUGGGAAGUCCCUAAGAAAUGCUAGUUUAUUGAGAUAUGGUUGUACGGUUGCUGCAAAUAAGAACUAUGUCACAGAAAGGGCGAAUUUAAUGAUAAUGUAAAAGUAGUCGCUAU